AUGUUUCGAAAGGCCUUUUUCAUCUGUUCCAUCAAAGUGGAGUGGGAGGUGUUCAGGUUCAGACUACCUCAUAUGGAUGCCGUGAUUUGGCGCUGCCCUUUCUUGAAUUUUGUGCCCAGUGUUUUCCUCCACUUGGCUCGAGGGUCAUCACUGGCGAGGUAUGCACAAAAGUGCCCAGUGAUGAUGGACCUGGCCUCUAGACCUCUGUCCAGAGCCCUGUCCUCUUCAACCUUUGCAUGUAAAGACACUCUAAUGAAUGACGCUCCAAAGCAUAAAGUGAAGGGCCACUCUGCACCCCCAGCUGUUCAGGCUGCAGGCUCUAAAUGCCCUUUCUUGGCUGCUGAGAUGGUGCAGAAAAACACUGGGCUAGUUAAAGAGGCCAGAAUGGAGCUGCAGGAGGAUGUUCAGGAGAUUCAGUCUUACCGCACAGGAAAAACGAACGUGGAUUUUUCAGUCAUGGAACUUGUCAGGACAAAUGAGGUCAAUGCAGGGGCGCCAGAAAAACCCAUAUCUUCCAAAGCGACACACCUGCUGAAGGAUAAUCUGCCUGGAUCUGUCACCUUUCAGUAUGACAAAUUUUUUGAAAAGAAGAUUGAAAUUAAAAAAACAGACCAUUCAUACAGAGUUUUUAAUACAGUGAACCGAUCAGCCUCCUCGUUCCCUAUGGCAGAUGGCUUCUCAGAGUGUUUUCACGCAAAGAGGAAUGUAUCUGUGUGGUGCAGCAAUGACUACCUUGGCAUGAGCCGUCACCCCAAAGUCACUGAGGCUAUUGUAGAUGCUGUACGAAAGCAUGGUGCUGGUGCAGGAGGCACACGAAAUAUUUCAGGAACAAGCAAGUUCCAUGUGGAUCUUGAAUAUGAACUAGCUGACCUGCAUGGCAAGGAUGCAGCACUGCUGUUCACUUCCUGCUUUGUAGCCAAUGACUCUACAUUGUUUACUCUGUCAAAGAUGCUGCCAGGUUGUGAAAUUUACUCUGACGCCAGCAACCACGCCUCAAUGAUUCAAGGUAUAAGAAACAGCAAAGCUAAGAAGUUUAUCUUCCAUCACAAUGACAUCAACCACCUACAAGAGUUACUUGAGAAGUCUGACCCUUCCACUCCAAAGAUCGUUGCCUUUGAGACUGUGCAUUCAAUGGAUGGAGCUGUGUGCCCACUUGAAGACAUGUGUGAUAUUGCCCACAAGUUUGGUGCUAUUACCUUUGUGGAUGAAGUGCAUGCUGUGGGUUUAUAUGGCCCCAGAGGAGGAGGGAUUGGAGAUAGAGAUAAAGUCAUGAAAAAAAUGGAUAUCAUCUCUGGUACCCUUGGGAAGGCGUUUGGCUGUGUUGGUGGCUAUAUCGCCAGCACCGGUGCCCUGGUGGACACAGUGCGCUCCUACGCUGCGGGUUUCAUCUUCACCACUUCUCUGCCCCCCAUGCUGCUGGCAGGGGCAAGGGAAUCCAUUAAGAUCCUGAAAAGUGAGGAAGGCCAGGUGCUCAGAAGGAAACAUCAGAGGAGUGUCAAGCUGCUUCAACAGAUGCUGAUGGAUUCUGGCCUUCCUGUGGUUCAUUGCCCAAGCCACAUUAUUCCUGUCCAAGUUGGAAAUGCAGAGAAGAACACUGCGCUCUGUGACAUUAUGAUGUCUCGUCACAACAUCUACGUUCAGGCAAUCAACUACCCCACUGUGGCUAAAGGAGAGGAGCUGCUGCGCAUUGCCCCCACACCACACCACACUCCCCAGAUGAUGUACUAUUUUGUUGACCGGCUGGUGAAGACGUGGAAGGAAGUGGGUCUGGUGCUGAGGCCGCACUCCUCGGCAGAGUGUAACUUCUGCCAGCAACCUCUUCACUUUGAGCUGAUGAGUGAGAGAGAGAAGUCCUACUUCAAAGGCCUCAGUCACAUGAUGUCAACCAUGGCCUGA